AUGGCACAAGUGUCGCGGAUCGAGAAACCCAUCAGCGAUGAGCUCCUCCGGAAAUACGUCGACGGCUGCCACAUUCUACACUUCCGCGGCCUCAUAGACGCCUACGGCCACCUGUCUGUGCGUGUCUCGGACAAGACAUUCCUGAUGUGCCGCUACAUGGCGCCGGCGAUGGUGGCGACGCGCGACGACCUCUGGCUGUACAAGGUCGCGGACGGCGAGGGCGUCAAGGAGGACACGCCGCGCGGCUUCUCGGAGCGCUACAUCCACUCUGAGAUCUACAAAGCCUACCCAAGGGUGAUGGCAGUCGUGCAUUCGCACAGCCUGGACGUGGUGCCGUUCAGCAUCUCACCCAAGUCGCCGCUGCGUGCGUGCUUCCACAUGUCGGGCUUCCUAGGGACCAACGUGUCGGUGUGGGACCCGGCGACCGAGUACAAAAAGGACCCGCAGCUGGUGCAGCACAUGCUAGUCCGCGACACGAGGAUGGGCGAAUCGCUGGCCAAGGCGCUGGGUCAGGGCGAUGACGGGCUGCCCAAGGAGCCUCUAGCGCUCAUGCGCGGCCACGGUUUCGUGUGCACUGGCGACAGCAUCGAAAUGGCUAUUGCCAGGUCCGUUUACACGGCGCAGAAUGCGCGGAUUCAGAAGGAGGCUUUGGCCAUGGCCGGAGGAAGGAGCGAUGACAUCGUCAUGUUUAGCGACCAGGAGGCUCACGAUGCCGGCCAGUCUACCAUCUCGGGGGCAGUGAAGCCGUGGCCGCUGUGGCUAGCCGAGGUAGAGAAUAAUCCCUUGUAUAAGAAUAACAUAUAG